UGCGCACCUUCUCUUCCCAGGUACAUGGCCAUCAUGCGUCCGCUGCGGCCUCGCAUGUCCCGGGCGACAACGCUGAACAUCGCCAUCUGGAUCUGGGUUGCGAGCAGCCUGCUCUCGCUGCCCAACAUCCUGUACUCGACCACCAAGGCCGAGGUGUUCGGCAACGGCGACUCCCGCGUCAUCUGCUACAUCUUCUGGCCCGACGGCGACGUCACCGAGAGUCACGACGAAUACCUGUACAACGUGGUGAUCCUGAUCGUGGCGUACAUGAUUCCGGUGACGUCGAUGGCGUUCACCUACUUCCGCGUGGGACGCGAGCUUUGGGGAAGCCAGAGCAUCGGCGAGUGCACCGCCAAGCAGAUAGAGGCCAUCAAGUCCAAGAGGAAGAUUGUCAAGAUGAUGAUUGUGGUGGUGGUGAUCUUUGCCGUCUGCUGGCUCCCGUACCACGUGUACUUCCUGGCGACUCACCACCACCCGGAGAUCACCCAGUCCGAGUACGUGCAGCACAUCUACCUGGCCAUCUACUGGCUGGCCAUGUCCAACUCCAUGUACAACCCCAUCAUCUACUGCUGGAUGAACAGCAGGUUCCGCGAGGGCUUCAAGCGCGUCUUCUGCUGCCUGGCGUUCAGCGACAAGGAGACGGCGCAGCUGCGGCAGCACAUGGCGGCCACCCGGUACUCGUGCUCGGAGCCCUACGCGGAUACGCGUGUCACGUUCAACGGGUCGGCCACCACGGUGCCCAUGCACACGCUCACGGAGACCAUGAGCGCGGCCAGCGUGAACGCCGGCGCCGCCAAGUUCCGAGCGGCCGCCGCCUGCGGCUCGGACGUGUGACGAACACUGCCGCCGGCGCGCUCGGCCCGGCUCACGCUUGUCGACCGCUCACGGCAACCCCGCGACAAACUCAAGGGCGCCGCCAACUGCCUGUGAUGAACACCAUCACGCCACGCGUCAAUGCACUGGAAGACCCUGUGCGCGUCCCCUCUUUCUUCUGUUUUUAUUUUUUGAGAGAGGGGGGGGGGGGGGGGGGGAGGAUUGAAAGGGAUGAAUGUAGAGGGGUGGCACAUGAAAGAAAAAGGACUGCUGUUGUUACGCUGUCCUGGUUGCUUGGAAUGUUUGCCGAAUUAUAGUGAGAAAUAUUGAUUGAACCAGGAGGAGGAUUAUGUGCGCGUGCUUGUGUAUAUGUGUGUUACCAGCAUUUAGGAUGCCCACCUGCUCCGGUGAGUCGUAGCGUACGUCACUUCUUACGAAACGACCAGGUCGCGGGGGAAAUGGAGAAAGCAACGUAUUAUUCCCCAACUACAAAACGCCCAGCGUGUCAAAUUUCUCAGAAAAAACAGCACAAAGCAACAACAAUAAAAAAAAAUACAUUUGGAGAAUUGACAGAAACUCCGGAAAAAGUUGGGCUCAAAAUGUAAUCAACACUGGCACACUGAGGAUAUGAUGAGCCUCAGACAGAGCCUCUCGUGCUGUGAAAAGUCAGUAGUGUUUUGAAGACAUCGACACUUAGAGUUUCACACUGUAGAGCAGAUCUGGCAGGGACGUCGUCGAACGGCAUGUACGAGUAGCGAGCGAGCAUCGUUCAACUCGAUCGAACCCUUCAUAUCUCUCGAAAAUUAAUUGUUUUCCCUCAAACGAUAUAUGCGCCAUUUUUUAUCGCCAAUAGUAAUAAAAGCCCUCUCCCCUUGUCAGGCGAUAACAUGAAACAACGACAUUAUUCUAUGGUAUCGCGCAAAGGCAUUUGGAUAUCUAACUGGUACAGAAGGCCCCGUCCAUUAGCACAAGUCUGGACUCAGUGAGACAGUGUAGAUUGCAGCUUCUUCAAGUUUCGUGGGCUAAGUCAUCACAAUAAGGUUGCUCUCUGAUUCGCGCUCUGUCUUCCCUACUGGAAAGUAGACACGCGAACGUAUGUUUAGAGUGUGUUAAAGA